ACCUUUUCUGAGAUGUCCGUCACUCCUGCCAUGCACAGUUCAGUGUGUUUCAGAGACAUCUGUGGAGCAUUGGCCACAAAGAGCUUAGUUAUUUGUCACCCCAGAAGUGUCCCUCGCACCCUCCCUGUCAUGUGCCUGUACCCGGGUAGCCACUGGACUGCUUUCUGCCACUAUAGGUGAGCUGUUUAUAUACUCCAGUCUUCUGCAAGUUGUAUCACAAUGGUACUCAAUGUGUCUGGCAUUUUUAACUCAGAAAAAUUAUUUUGAUGGUCAUUCAUGUUGCCCACUUCACCUUAUGUUUUAGGAUUUUAAAACUAACUUGUGUUUGAAUUCCUGGAUGGAAAACUUAACCCCUAUGUGUCUCUGGUUGAGAACCAUCUUAAAAGACAAUUGCUUCAUCAUAAGAUGUGGGAAGAUCCCUCCUGUGUUCUGACUAAAAACUUGUGGGUGCUCAAUUCUGUCUUGUUUGGCUGUGCCUGGGAUUACACACUAAUUGCUGCUUUCUUUUUUUUUUUUUUUUCUAGAUCCUUUCCCAGGUUCUCAGUGAUGGGGGUGAGAGGUCUGCAGGGGUUUGUGGGAAGCACCUGCCCACAUGUAUGCACAGUGGUGGAUCUCAAGGAAUUGGCUGAGAAACAUCGCACCAGGUACCCGGGAUGUAUUCCCACCAUUGUGGUUGACGCCAUGUGCUGUCUCAGGUACUGGUACACUCCGGAGUCUUGGAUCUGCGGUGGCCAAUGGCGAGAAUACUUUUCUGCUUUGCGAGAGUUUGUUAAAACCUUCACAGCAGUUGGCAUCAAGUUGGUUUUCUUCUUUGAUGGAAUGGUGGAACAGGGCAAGAGAGAUGAGUGGGUGAGAAGGAGGCUCAGAAACGGCAGGGAGAUAGCUAGGAUCUUCCAUCACCUCAAGACACAUAGGGAGCAGCCAGGCAGGAACAUGUUCUUCAUCCCCUCAGGCUUGGCCAUAUUUACACGCUUUGCGCUGAAGACACUGGGCCAGGAAACCCUGUGCUCCUUACAAGAGGCAGACUACGAGGUGGCUUCCUAUGGUUUGCAGCAUAACUGCCUUGGGAUUCUCGGAGAAGACACAGAUUAUCUCAUCUAUGACACGUGCCCCUACUUGUCCAUCAGCGAGCUCUGCUUGGAGACCCUCAGCACCGUCAUGCUGUGCAGGGAGAAGCUGUGUGAGAGCCUGGGUCUCCAGGUAAUGGACCUCCCUCUGCUGGCCUGCCUUCUUGGCAAUGAUGUGGUUCCCGAGGGCAUGUUUGAAAGCUUUCGUUACAGAUGCUUGUCUUCUUACACCUCUGUAAAAGAGAAUAUCAACAAAAAAGCUAACAUGAUCUUAGCGGUGUCAGACCACAUAUCCAAAGUCCUUCAUGUGCAUCAAGGGGAGAAAGCCUUAGAGGAGAUGCUACCUUUGGGACCAAAUAAAGCUCUUUUUUAUAAAGGAGUGGCAUCAUAUCUUUUGCCAGGACAGAACUCUCCAUGGUUUUCUCAAAAAUUCAGAGGUGAAAUAACUUUGAAUCAGCAAGUAAUAUCUGUGGGUCCAGAGCCUGAGGUCAAGCAGGAAGUUCCCAUGUGUACAGAGCCUGAGGUCAAGCAGGAAGUUCCCAUGUGUACAGAGCCUGAAUUCAAGCAGGAAGUGCCCAUGUGUACAGAGCCUGAGUUCAAGCAGGAAGUGCCCAUGUGUACAGAGCCUGAUUCCAAACAGGAAGUUCCCAUGUGUAUAGAUUCUGAUUCUAAGCAGGACAUUUCCAUAUGUACUGAUCCCGAGUCAAAGCGGGAAGUUCCCAUGUGCACCGACCCUGAGUCCAAGCAACAAGUUCCCAUGUGUACAGAGCCUGAAGUCAAGCAAGAGUUGCCUAUAGGAACAGGCCCAGAAUUUAUGCAAGAAGCAUCCAUAAGUACAAAUCUGGAGGUCAAACAAGAAGACCCCGUGGCUAUGGGGUAUGAAAUAAGGCAACCAGUAACUAUGGUUUCAGACCCUGAAAUCUUACAGAUUGCUCGAACACAUCAUGUGCAAGGAGAAAGCUACCUGGUGUACAAUAUUGUGAGCAGCGGUGAGAUCGAAUGCAGCAACACCUUGGAGGAUGAGCUGGACCAGGCUCUGCCCAGCCAGGCCUUCAUCUACCGGCCCGUGCGACAGCGUGUUUACUCCCUCUUGCUGGGGGGCAGUGAAGAUGGCACCAGCACCGGCCCGACUGUCAAGGAGUGGUUCGUGUACCCCGGAAACCCACUGAAGCACCCUGACCUCGUCAGGCCUCUGCAGAUGACUGUGCCAGGGGGAACGCCUAGCUUGAAACUGUUAUGGCUGAACCAAGAGCCAGAAGCUCAGGCUCAGCGCUUGGAGACCCUGCUGGCCUGUUUCAACCUCUCCUCCUCUAAGGAAGAGCUACAAGCCAUCGAAAGCCCCUUUAGGGCUUUAUGCUGCCUCCUCAUCUACCUGUUUGUCCAGGUGGACACUCUUUGUCUGGAAGACUUGCAGGCCUUCAUUGCUCAGGCUUUGUGCCUCCAAGGAAAAUCUACUGCACAGCUCAUAAACUUGCAGCUCGAUUACAUCAACCCCAGAGCUGUGCAGCUCGGCUCCCUCCUGGUCCGUGGCCUCACUACCCUGGCCUUGGUCAACAGUGCUUGUGGCUUUCCUUGGAAGACCAAUGAGUUCAUGCCCUGGAACGUAUUUGAUGGGAAGCUUUUUCAUCAGAAAUAUCUGCACUCAGAAAAAGGACACUCCGUGGAGGUUCUUCUAGAGCAGAAUAGGUCUCGGCUCACCAAGUUCCACAACCUGAAGGCUGUGGUUUGCAAGGCCUGCCUGAAGGAGAACAGACGCAUUGUGGGCAGAGCACACUGGGACUCACACCACACAGGGAGGUGGGGAAGACAGGGCUCCAGCUCCCACAGGACAAGCUCUGGCUACAUCCGCUCUGGGCAGGGGCAGCCGUGGAGGAACCAGGGACCAGGAAGCAGACAGCAUGAGCAUGACCAGUGGAGAAGGUACUAGCAGGCUCCCCAGAGUGACAGAUAUCGUCCAUCUACUGGUUCAGUCACUAAAUGUCCUUCAUUGAGGCUUGGCCCAUCUGAAGCCAGGAGCCCAAACUUCAUCUGGAUUUGUCACAUGGCUGGAGUGGACCCAGUCACUUGAGCUGUCACUGCUGCCUGCUGGGCACACAGUACCGGGAGGUUCGAUGCUGAGUGCAGCCAGGACUGGACCCAAGCACUUGGACUUGUGACUUAGUUCGGUGCCCGCAGAGCUCUGCCUGAUUUCAUGCCUAUCCUGAAGGAUCUGACUUUGGUGUGAGUGUUCACCUCCAGUCCAUUUUUGCUCCUGCACCACUUGAAAUCACUGCUACUUCUAGAAGUUCCUCCCAGUUCUGUUGCUUUGCUGCUUAUUUGCAGAACUUUGUAGUGAAGUCCUGAUCUGUUAUUCCAGGGGUAACAACUACCCAGCCUGGACUGCAGGCCUCUGGUCAGGCCCUGUCACGGCUACCCAAGUAGGACUCGAAGUUGGCAAUGGUAAUUGGACAACAUUAGUCAAAAAUCUAAAUAUGUAUGUUUUGAAACAAGCCCUAUUUUUGGAUGUCCUCCAACCUCAAAUUAAUUUAUUUCUGAGUUUGAAACAUUUCUUUCAGCACUGUAGAAAAUCUGAAAAUGAUGUCUCCUCAAAUUAUUCUUGCAGCCUCAUUUUUAAGUUGAUAAUUUAUCACAUAUAACAUAAAUAUACAAAUGGUAAUUGGCAAAAAUAAAUAAAUUCAGCACUCCACUCUUGCCUUGCCUUAGACUGUGAGAGAAGACUUUUAUGACAAUUGUGUUCUCCUUUCAUAAUCUCUGAAUUGUAACUUGUCAAUGAUUAACCAACUUAAGAAGUCAUUGAGGGGCUGGAGUUGCUCCACUAAUGGUGGUGGUUUCCACCGUCAUCCCAUAUCGGAGCAACAGUUCCAUCUAAGCUGUUCUACUUGUGAGCCAGUUCCCUGCUAACAUUCUUUUUUUUAAAAAAAAAGAUUUAU